AUGGAGCUGGCUGUCCCCCUGCUGCCCCAGAGGCUGCUGCUGCUUCUGCUGGGGACAGCCACCCUGGCCACGCCUGACCUGCAGACAGCCGACCUGGUGCAGCUGUGCCGGCGGACCUGGCAGGGCGACGGGCUGCUGCUGCAAUCACACGCCACCUCGCGCAGAUUCUACUUCGUGGCUCCGGACACCGACUGCGGGCUCUGGAUGCGGGCGGCCGCCCCGGGCGACAGGAUCCGCUUCCAGUUCCGCUUCUUCCUGGUCUACAGCCUGACCCAGGCGGCCCCGGAACCCGCGCACAACGCCUCCACCCCGGGGCCAGCCGACCCGUGCGCCCCCGGCUCCUACCUGCAGCUCUACGAGGGGCCCCCCGGAGCACCCCGGGCUCUGGGGCCCCCUCUCUGCGGCCUGUCCAUCCCCGCCCCGGUGGCCUCCUCCGGACCGUUCCUAGGCCUGCGCCUGGUCACCAGAGGCCGCCAGCCCCGUGUGGACUUCGUGGGCGAAGUCACCUCUUUCCACUUGGGACCUUGUGGUGCCUACUUCCGCUGCCAGAAUGGCAGGUGCAUCCCCCUGAGCCUGGUAUGUGACCACUGGGGCAUGGACAACUGUGGGGACGGCAGCGACCAGAGCUCCUGGCCACCAGCCAGCUGCAGAGGUCCCUCUCUGCCACCCAGCCAGGCAGGGAGCAUAGACAACGACUCCUCCAAGCCCCCAACUCUCUCCAUGGUGCUGGGUUCUGCAGACCCUCUUGGGGAUACAGCAGAGAGGAGGCCCCCAGAAGGCCAGGACUCUGCCCGACAGGAUGCAUCUGAAGGCCCCGUGCUGCAGGCUGUGGUGCUGGCCUCCUCCCUGCUCCUGGCCUCUGUCGGCCUCCUCGUGGGCCUGUUCUGGUGCUGGUGCUCUUCCAGCUGGGCGACCUGGCAACUGGGAACUCGGGGCCUGUGCCUCAGAUGCUUCGCAGGCUGCAGCAUCUGCUACCCAUGUACUGGCCGAGUGGCCCCGGGGGAAUCUGGGAGCAGGGGCCCAGUCUUCCAGGACCAGGAGGGCUGUCCCUAG